GGCUCCUAAUCCUCCUGGGAGCUACGACAGCUACAGCGCACAGCGCGGACAGAGAACUGAGCACUGCUGGCAGUGGCAGUGCGCGGCGGAACAAGGGCCAUGCUCCUAGUCGGCCCGCGCCUCUGCGUCCUGGUGGUCCUGGGCACCAGCUGGGCGGGCUGGGGCAGCCACCCUGCCGAGGCAGCGCGGCUGAGGCAGUUCUACGUGGCUGCUCAGGGCAUCCUCUGGAACUACCAUCCUGAGACUGCAGACCCAAGUUUGAAUUCUAAACCUUCCUUCAAGAAAAUUGUCUACAGAGAGUAUGAGCCACAUUUUAAGAAAGAAAAGCCACGAUCUAGCAUCUCAGGACUUCUUGGACCUACUCUCUAUGCUGAGGUUGGAGACACCAUGAAAGUUCACUUCAGAAACAAAGCAGACAAGCCCAUAAGCAUCCAUCCUCAAGGAAUCAAAUACAGCAAAUUUUCAGAAGGGGCUUCUUACGCUGACCACACGUUCCCAGCGGAGAGGAUGGAUGAUGCCGUGGCUCCUGGGGAAGAGUACACCUACCAGUGGGUCAUCAGUGAGGACAGUGGGCCCACACCCGAUGACCCGCCUUGCCUCACCCACAUCUACUACUCCUAUGAAAACCUGACCCAGGACUUCAACUCAGGGCUGAUUGGACCUCUACUUAUCUGUAAGAAAGACACACUAACUGAGGAUGGGACUCAGAAGAUGUUUGACAAGCAACAUGUGCUGCUGUUUGCUGUGUUUGACGAAAGCAAGAGCUGGAGCCAGUCGCCAUCCCUAAUGUACACAGUCAAUGGCUUUGUGAACAGGACGAUGCCAGACGUAACAGUCUGCGCCCACGACCACGUCAGCUGGCAUCUGAUUGGAAUGAGCUCAGGACCAGAGCUGUUCUCUAUCCACUUCAAUGGUCAAGUCCUGGAGCAGAACCAGCACAAGGUGUCCACCAUCACGCUGGUCAGUGCUACGUCAACAACCGCGAACAUGACCAUGAGCCCAGAAGGAAAGUGGAUCGUUUCUUCCCUCAUCCCAAAGCAUUAUCAAGCUGGGAUGCAAGCUUACGUUGACAUUAAAAACUGCCCAAAGAAAACCAGGAGUCCCAAGACGCUCACUCGAGAGCAGAGGCGACACAUGAAGAGGUGGGAGUACUUCAUUGCUGCAGAGGAAGUCAUUUGGAACUAUGCACCUGUAAUACCUACAACUAUGGACAAGAAAUACAGGUCUUUGCACUUGGAUAAUUUCUCAAAUCAAAUUGGAAAACAGUAUAAGAAAGUUAUUUACCGGCAAUAUGAGGACGAGACCUUCUCCAAACGCAUGGAGAGUUCCGGUACCAAACAAAGUGGGAUUCUGGGCCCUAUUAUUAGAGCCCAGGUCAGGGACACACUCAAGAUUGUGUUCAAAAACAUGGCCAGCCGACCCUAUAGCAUUUACCCUCAUGGGGUGACAUUCUCGCCUUACGAAGAUGGAGUCAACUCUUCCUCCACCUCAGGCAGUCACACCAUGAUCAGACCAGUUCAACCAGGGGAAAUCUACACUUACAAAUGGAACAUUCUAGAGUUUGACGAACCCACAGAAAACGACGCCCAGUGCCUAACAAGGCCUUACUACAGUGAUGUGGACGUUACCAGGGACAUCGCCUCUGGGCUAAUAGGCCUGCUUCUAAUCUGUAAGAGCAGGUCCCUGGAUCAGAGAGGCAUACAGAAAGCAGCAGACAUUGAGCAGCAGGCUGUGUUUGCUGUGUUUGAUGAGAACAAGAGCUGGUACAUCGAGGACAACAUCAACAAGUUUUGUGAAAAUCCUGAAGAGGUGAAACGUGACGACCCCAAGUUUUAUGAAUCAAAUAUCAUGAGCACUCUCAACGGCUAUGUGCCUGAGAGCAUAUCCACUCUAGGAUUCUGCUUUGAUGACACCGUCCAGUGGCACUUCUGCAGUGUGGGAAUUUAUGAUGACAUUUUGACCGUCCACUUCACCGGGCACUCAUUCAUCUACGGGAAGAAGCACGAGGACACACUGACCCUGUUCCCUAUGAGCGGUGAAUCUGUGACCGUCACGAUGGACAAUGUUGGAACGUGGAUGUUAACUACCAUGAAUUCCAAUCCAAGACACAAAAACCUAAGACUGAGAUUUAGGGAUGUUAAAUGUAUCCGGAAUGAUGAUGAUGAAGACUCGUAUGAGAUUUAUGAACCUUUUGUACCUACACCUGAUUCCACGACAACUCGGAAAAUUCAUGACUCUUUAGAAAACGAGUUUUCCAUUGAGAGUGAAGAUGAGGAUUACCAGUAUCUAUUGGCUUCGUCACUAGGAAUUAGAUCAUUCAGAAACUCAUCAUGGAAUCAGGAGGAAGAUGAGUUCAAUCUUACUGCUCUCGCUCUAGAGAACAGCUCGGAGUCUGUAUUUCCCAGCAUAGACAAAGUAAAUGACUCGAAAUCUUCUCCAGGAAACCUUAGUGGGAUUGUCAGUAACAACCUCAAAGAAUCUCAACAAACCCUUCCUGGCUCAGGAGCCACCAUGACUGGUACGCUCCCAGAGGACCUCACUGGCUUGGGUGAGAACUCGGUUCUCAACUCUCCCACAGAACACCAUUCCAGCUCGUAUUAUGAACAUGAUGUGGAAGAUUCACAAUCAGACAUCACAGUGGUUCACCUACUUCCCCUUGGUGCAAAAGGAUCAGGGAGCCAAGGACACGCUAAGCAUAACAAAGCCAAGCUAGGAAGAGCCCACCUGAUGAAGUAUAGGUUCCCCCAGAUGAAAGUACCAGCCCAAAAAACUAGGAGGCAUUCAAACCCAAAGAAUACUAAUGCCAGAGUGAGGUCCAGCGAGGAAAUUCCUACUGAUUUGUUCCUCUUAAAACAAACAAACACAUCCAAUUUUUUGGAUAGGGCAUGGUAUUUGGCUUCUGAAAAAAGUAGUUAUGAAAUAAUACCAGCAAAUGGUGAAGACACGGCUGUUGAUAAGCUGCAGAAUGGCCCUCAGAAUCAGAACAUCUCAGGGGCUUGGGACAAUAGCACCUCCACUACAAAAACAACAGGAAAGCCACGUGACCUCCCAAUGUUUUCUGGAAUUAGACGUAAAUCUCCACAAGUAAGACAGGAGAAAGGGAACAGAAACUUUAAUAACGGACAGUUCAUCAAGACACGAAAGAAGAAGAAGGAUAAGAAGAUGGCAAUCCACAGUCUUCUAUCUCCAAGAGGCUUUCACCCACUAAGAGGAGAUGCCCAAACCACAUUUUUAGACCAAAGACUUAAUCACUCGCUGUCACCCCACAAGUCUAAUGAAACAGCUCUUCCCAUAGACCUGAAUCAGACCUCCCCUUCGACGAGUGUUGACAGGUCACUUUCUCACCAUCAUCAGGGCCCCCCACAUGGCUCGAGACAGAUGAGCUCUGCUUUAGAUGUGUAUCCGUCAUUGCCCCCAGAGGAACAGUCUCCAAUAUUUCCUACCCAGGAUCCUGACCAAACACACUCUACCACAGACCUGAGUCACAGAUCCUCUCCUCCAGAGCCCAGCCAGGGGCUUGAUUAUGACCUAAGCCAUGAAUCCUACCCUGAAGACAUUGGUCAAACAUCUUUCUUUCCAGACCAAAGUCAAAAGUCUCUGUCUUCAGAAGAUGGCAAAGCAAGUCCCUCCUCAGACCCAAGCCUCUUUACCAUCUCUCCAGAAUUAGAUCAGACAAUUAUUUCUCCAGACCUAGGCCAGAUGACCCUUUCUCCAGAUGACAACCAGAAGACCUUCUCCCCAGACCUCGGUCAGGUGCCCCUUUCUCCAGAUGACAACCAAAAGACCUUUUCCCCAGACCUGGGUCAGGUGCCCCUUUAUCCUGAUGACUACCAGAUGCCCUCCUCCCCAGACCUGGGCCAGGUGCCCUUUUCUCCAGAUGACAACCAGAAAGCCUUCCCCCACGAUCUUAGCCUCUUGCCUCUCCCUCCAGAAUUUGAUGAGCCAGUCCUUUCCCAGGAUUUGGACCAGAUGCCCCAGUCUUCAGGCCUCAGUCAGAUGACCCUCUCCCCAGACCUCAGCCUCUUGACCCUCUCUCCAGAUUUUGAUGAGAUCAUCCUAUCCCCAGACCUCAGUCAAGUGACCCUCUCUCCAGACCUCAUCCAGACAAGCCCCCCUCUUAACCACAGGCACGAAACAGCCUCUGAGGAUCCUGGCCGAGCAUCCGACCCUUCAGAAUCUGGUCAGUUUUUACCUCUUCCAGAACUGAACCAGACUCUUCUCCAUCCAGAUGUCAUUCACACACCAUCUCCUUCACCAUCGCCCCAACUCAAUAACACUUCCAAGUCAACGGAACGGAAUCCUCUUGUUGUAGUAGGUCUCAGCAGAGUCGAUGGAGAUGAUGUUGAAAUCAUGUCAAAUGAGGAGCUAGAAAGCAUUGAUGAUGAUUAUACUGAAGAUUAUUAUGUAAACUAUAAUGAUCCCUACAAAACAGAUACCAGGACAGAUACCAACUCCUCCAGAAAUCCGGAUACCAUUGCAGCAUGGUACCUCCGUGGCCAUCGUGGAAACAAGCAAUACUAUUUUAUUGCUGCUGAAGAAAUAUCCUGGGAUUAUUCAAAAUUUUCUCAAAGUGAAAUGGACAGUGAAGACUCUGAUGCUAUCCCAAGAGACACCACAUACAAGAAAGUUGUUUUCAGAAAAUACCUGGACAGUACUUUCACCAGACGUGAUCCUCGGGCGGAAUAUGAGGAGCAUCUUGGGAUUCUGGGUCCUGUUAUCAGAGCUGAAGUGGAUGACGUGAUCCAAGUUCGCUUUAAAAAUUUAGCAUCCAGACCAUACUCUCUUCAUGCCCAUGGACUUUUCUAUGAAAAGUCCUCUGAGGGAAAGACUUAUGAAGAUGACUCUCCUGAAUGGUUUCAGGAAGACAAUGCUGUCCAGCCCAACAGCAGUUAUACGUAUGUGUGGCAUGCCACCGAGCGCUCUGGGCCAGAGAACGCUGGCUCUGCCUGUCGGGCUUGGGCCUACUACUCUGCAGUGAAUGUGGAGAAAGACAUCCACUCGGGUUUGAUUGGCCCCCUUCUGAUCUGCCGGAAAGGAACACUUCACAAGGAGAGCAAUCUGCCUAUGGACAGGAGGGAAUUUGUCUUGCUCUUCAUGGCCUUUGAUGAAAAGAAGAGUUGGUACUAUGAAAAGUCCAAAAGGUCAUGGAGAACCGAUUCUCCAGAAGUGAAAAAUUCCCACAAGUUUUACGCCAUUAAUGGGAUGAUCUACAAUCUGCCUGGCCUGAUAAUGUACGAGCAAGAGUGGGUGAGGCUCCACCUGCUGAACAUGGGCGACUCCCAAGACAUUCACGUGGUUCACUUUCAUGGCCAGACCCUGCUGGAUAAUAGCACCAAACAGCACCAGUUAGGGGUCUGGCCCCUUCUACCUGGUUCAUUUAAAACUCUUGAAAUGAAGGCCUCAAAGCCUGGCUGGUGGCUGCUGGACACAGAGAUUGGAGAGAACCAGAUAGCAGGCAUGCAAACACCCUUUCUCAUCAUAGACAAAGAGUGUAAGAUGCCAAUGGGACUGAGCACGGGUGUCAUAUCUGAUUCACAGAUCAAGGCCUCAGGACAUCUGAGUUAUUGGGAGCCCAAACUAGCACGAUUGAACAAUGGUGGUUCAUAUAAUGCUUGGAGUUUAGAGAAAUCUGCUUUAGACUUUGCCUUUAAGUCUUGGAUCCAGGUGGACAUGCAGAAGGAAGUUGUAGUCACAGGGGUACAAACCCAGGGUGCGAAACACUACCUAAAGUCUUGCUUUAUCACUGAAUUCCACGUGGCAUACAGCUCCGACCAAACCAACUGGCAGAUCUUCAGAGGGAACAGCACAAAGAACAUCAUGGAUUUUGCUGGCAACUCAGAUGCCUCUACAAUAAAAGAGAAUCGGUUUGACCCACCUAUCGUGGCUAGAUACAUUAGGAUACAUCCAACAAAGUCCUAUAAUAGACCCACCCUUCGGUUAGAGCUACAAGGCUGUGAGCUGAAUGGAUGUUCCACACCACUGGGCCUGGAAGAUGGAAGGAUAGAAAACAAGCAAAUCACUGCAUCCUCAUUUAAAAAGUCCUGGUGGGGAGACUACUGGGAGCCCUCCCGUGCCCGCCUGAAUGCCCAGGGCCGUGUGAAUGCCUGGCAAGCCAAGGCAAAUAACAACAAGCAGUGGCUGCAGAUCGAUCUGCUCAAGAUCAAGAAGAUAACUGCCAUUGUAACGCAGGGCUGUAAGUCUCUGUCCUCUGAGAUGUACGUGAAGAGCUACAGCAUCCAGUACAGUGACCAGGGCAUGGAAUGGAAGCCUUACAGGCAGAAAUCCUCCAUGGUGGACAAGAUUUUCGAAGGAAAUAGUAAUACCAAAGGACAAAUGAAGAACUUCUUUAACCCACCCAUCAUUUCCAGAUUUAUCCGCAUCAUUCCUAAAUCCUGGAACCAAAGUAUUGCACUUCGCCUGGAACUCUUUGGCUGUGACGUUUACUAGAAUUGAAAACCAAGAAAGAAAAGGAAAGGAUAAAGACUGAAGAAACUUCUUAAGGCCUAAGCCAUUUAGAGCAAAUAUAAAAUAGCCAAUAUAUUACGACUAUUUUGAAUGUUAAGAGAUUUCUGCUAUUUUUUCUAAUAGAGAAUAAAGUUUAUAUAAGAAGCUUUUACAAUGUUAAUUCAUCGCUGCCAUUAAGCGAGGUGGCGGCUAUUAUUUUCUUCACUAAUUUUAAUAUAGAUGGGAAAAUAGUAAGUUCCAGCAAGAAAAUGACUGCCUUUUACUCUGAUUAAAGAUGUUAUGGAAUGUUAGAUAGUGGAAUGAUAUGGUUCACUCUAGCUCUUUCCAAUCCUGUAGACAUUAAUAAAAGAGAUAUUACUUUCAGAAACUGUUCGUAGACCUAGAAAACUUGUCUUCCUAUACUUCCCCUUUAAAAUCAAACUAUAAUUUGUAAAGAAGAGAGACUAAAAUAGCUUAGUUUUUUGAUAAUAGAGAAAAGAAUCUUGCGGUAAUGAAGGGAGAACUUAAAAUGCCCUGCGUUGAGAUGGCCUAGCGGGCCAACAGAGGUGCUUGCUGCCAAAACCUGAUGAUCUGAGUUCAAGUCCGAAAACCCACAGGAAAAGAAGCAAUGGAUUCUGAAAAGCUGUCCUUGAUUUCACCAUGCAGCUGUGGCACAUGUGUGUGCCCAUGCCCACAUUCAAGCUCUAACAGUAAAUAAAAGAUUUUACAAGUCCA